UGUAAGAGCGAAAUCGAAAAGUACGGAGCGCCGACGAGCUUAGGCAACGCGUCGUGUCAGUGACAGUGUCAAUUGAUAGUUAUCAGGUGCACAACAGUGAGUAUAACAACAAAACAAAUACAGAAAACAAGAAAAAAGCACAAAAGCAGUGGCAAGGCAAGUGAAAGUGAAAGUGAAAGUGUGUGUAGUGCUGGUAAAUGGCAAUGAAGUGUUGCAAAAUUAAGAAAUGAAGUAAUAUCGAAUAAAAAGCGCAUAUGUGUGUAUGCCGUACAGUGUGAAAUACAUAGAUAACUGUGCAAGGCGAAAAGUAAAAGUGAAAGCCACCCACACACAGGAAAGGCCAGAAAAAGUGCAAAAAACUAGCUAACCACAAGGCUAACUGAAAUUUCCGAAAAAUUUAAGCACAAUAACGCCCGAAACACGCUUCGCAGCACGCUCGAGCGUCCGUUCGUUUCAUCAACUAUUAAAUUCGGGUGCUACAACGUCAGGAUCCGUGGCCGCGUAUGCGUGUAUAAGCGUGUGUGCGCAUAUGUGAGCUUGCGUGUCAAGUAAAAUCAAUGAAAGCAAAAGUGAAAACGUGCUAUACAGCUAACUGCAGCGGUGUACAGAUGUGUGACGUGGGCAACACCAAGUGAGUUGCCCCGAGGCUGCCGAGCAGAACUCUUGACCAAUUGAUAGAGGUCGUCAGCAAAAAGCGUCCAAGCGGGAUUUUAUCACUGCUCUAAGAUGCAAUAAUGUCGGUAAAAUGGCGGCAGAGAUUCAAAAGCAAAAAGCGCUUAAAAUCCCCGAAACAACAACAAACGGAUAUGUACAACAAAAACACCAAAACAAGCACUCAAGCACUCAGCCAGAUGCUGAACAUUGCCGAAAGUCACAGACACUGCCCCUUGGACAGCAGUGAUAGCAACAAAAGCAAUAACAACAAUAACAAAGAAAACUCGCCGCCUACGAAGAGCUGCCACAACACGCACGUGCGAGACUGCAAUCAGCGCACAUGUGAGACGCAACAUGCACUGCCACCAGAGCAGCAAUGUAAAUUGGAUGCUUUCAAGGAUUCCACAUACGCUCCGUGGCCCCACGCUGCCCACGCUGACAGCGAGCGCAAGAACGCCGCUGCCAUUAUAAAACGUGCAACUGCCACAAAGCAAAUAAUACCAACAACACCGAAAACAACAACAACUACAAGCGCAGUUCGGAAAACAAAAGCGGCGGCGCUGAUGACGACGGUGAUGCGGGUACUGAAGCUGGCGGUGUACACAGACACCGCGACUCAAGUUGCAACAAAAGCAGCCACAACCGAUGGCAGUCACUUGAAAAGGCCGCAGUCCAGCUGCUUGCCGACUUUGUACAACAGUUUGUUCGCUGGCUUUCGCUUACCAUUUAUAUCAACAACAGCAACAAAAACAGCAAAAACAACAAGACCAACAAUGAAAGCGAAUAGCGCAACAACUACAACAGCAAUCCUUAAUAUUAACACUAACCACCCCACCACUGCCCGAGCCUUUGUGCCACUACUGGCGUUGUGUUUCCUCUGCUUUGUCUCGGCAGCGACCACAACAGCGGCGAUAGCCACGUCUUCCACCUACAACAUAACCACUGCCAGGACAGAUGCAACAUCGCCGCCCUUGGCGCCCGUCGUGGCGGCAGUGAUGGCCACCGCCACCGCCAAGCCGGGGGCCAGUGGCGCUCAGCAGCAAUGCACAUUGUCCGAGUUCACUUGUACGAACAUGCGCUGUGUGCCGCUCAGCAAGUAUUGCAACAACUUUAACGACUGCGGCGACGGCAGCGACGAGCCACGCUUCUGCACACGCUGCAAUCGUACGUACUAUGGAGACAUCGGCUUAACCUACUCUCUGGAGCUGUACCGACCCAAGCAGGACCGACUACCGUACGUGUGUGUAUUGACUUUCACAGCCGCUGGUGGUCAACAUGGCGACGUGGUUCAGGUAACACUUGAUAGCUUCACAAUUGGACGCUUCACCUCGUAUCUGCAUGACGGUUGUCCGGAUGGUUACAUGCAAAUCGCCGAAUCGGCGCGCACUCCCAUCGGCGGCAUGUGGUGCGGCACAUCCUGGGGCCCAGUGUUAUUCUACAGCGAAACCAGAUCAUUGAUUUUCACAAUCAAAUUAAAUAAGCUGGCGCGGGACCAAAGCGGCUACAAUUUCGACUUUCGCAUCAGAUACAAGGUUCUGUCGAAGGACAGUUCAGUGACGCGCUAUGGCGGCAUCAAGCUCGAAGAACUACGGCAGUGGUAUAAUCGCAGCAGUUUUCAGAAUCAAAAUGCAAACGAAGAUUUCACAAAUUCCAGCGGCGCACAUUCGGACCGUUAUGGCCAGGAUUUCAGCUUGUUCAGCGCCUAUGCCAACAACAAAACUUUCAUGAACUCGCUGCAGCCAGCUGUGGAAAAGGACGUACUCAACUACACGGAGCCAAAGUACUAUCUGGGCGAUCUCAUACCGGGCACAUACUGUUCACGCAUUUUCAGCGAUUGCGACAGGAAAGCAUGCCGCCUGCAAUCGCCCAACUUCCCUGGCAUUUAUCCGCGUAAUCUGACCUGCUACUACGCCGUUCGACAGCAUGAGGUGCCUCAUGGCAAACAUGCAAUGAUUCUGGUGAGACAAUCAAAAGGAAAUUUAGUCUGGAUAUCCACACAAGACACGGGAAUCGGCAGCAAGCCACCGCCUAGCACUAGCGAAAAGGAAAAGAAAUUUGAGCCGCGCCUGAAAAUAUGGAGUGAAUGCGAUAAUGUUCAGGACCACUUGAGGCCCAAAUGGAAGUCAACGGACUACGUGACGGUUUACGAUGGCUACACCACACGUGACCCGGUUGUGUUGAAGUUUUGCGGCGGCGGGCAAGCAGUGCCGGCAGCCGUGUCCAGCGGACCAGAGUUAUUGGUGGAAUUUACAACUUCGCCUUUUGGUACAUUCACAGGCACAUCUUCACAAGUGCUGCCGCUCUAUGGCUUUCAAUUAGACGUUGAAGUGAUUUUCGUUGAUGUAAUGAGUCCCACGUACUCGAAGAACAAAAAACCGUGUGAGUUUUGGAUACGCGGUGCUGGACGUGGCAUACUAGAAAGCCCAAAGCAUUCACUGGCGCCGAAUACCACUUGCCUAUAUCAUUUACAAGGCAUGGGUGUGUUUAAAACUUUCGAUCAUCUGAGUUUGUCGCGCCGCACCAGUGCACAAGGUAUGAAUCAACCGCUCUCCCGUUUCAAGGUGUGGAUCUCGAUGAUGAAAUUCAACUUGGAUCCGGAAUUCGGUCAGAUGGAUGAGACAUCGGUAGGCGCAAUUGGCGUACUGCAAACGCAUGAAGAUUGUAGUGGCAUGCUGCGCAUCUGGGACGGUGCUCUAAGGGAGCCGCCGGCAUGCAAAGAUCUCAAUUGCGCCAGCGACGCACCUACACAUCCGUUAGUCUCACAUUACAGUCACAAUUCGACAAAUGUUAUAGCGCGUUAUUGCCGUGGGACGGUACCGCGCACCUGUGAUCGUUCGAAUAUCAACGAGACUUAUGCGCGGCCCUGCACGAUAUCCGAGAGUUAUGUGUCAAGCAGCGAUAGCAUAACACUGGAACUCAAGAACACAGAGUCAACUGUGUUGCGACCACUGGAAUUCAAAUUGAAGUACGAAUUCAUCGAUCUGCAUCAGGACGGUCUGCCGCUUGCUGGCGGCGAGAACGAUUGUAAUCGUAAGUUCGUCAGCAGCCUUAUGGAUCGGAAAGACCCGGCGAUCUUUCGCAGCGUGCGCAACAUAUUCCUCUUCGGGCGUGGCGGCACACGAAACCUGAAAUGCAUUUACAAGUUUGAGGGUCAACGCGGUGAGCGUAUACGCAUCAAAUUACGUAAAGUUACCACACUAAAUAGGCCAUGCAUGUCGCGGGUGGACGAGGACAUAAAUCGCUCCUUCUGCUACGGCGAUACUAAUGCGCGCAUUGAGAUUUUUGAACGUCCUUAUCACGACUCGAUUUUGUUGCCACGCGGUUGUCUAUGCAAUUCGUCGAACUCGUCACAUCUACCUGUUGAAUACACCUCAACCAGUCGGGAUCUCGAAGUUCACUUGACUGCAAUCAAUAUGACCACACUUGACGAUCCGGACGCCAUCAACUUUGAGGGCAUGUUUGAAUUUAUCAAAGGACCAGCAAGCUGUAAAGACGGCCGACGCAAGUUCGGCCCCAGUGGCACUAUCCACAUGACAUUCGGUGAUAUGGAAUGCCGCACGCGACCUUGGUUAAUAGAGCCAUCCAAUGGUAACAAAUUUUUAUAUGUGCGCCUGAAAUCAAUAUUCUUGCGUAAAUACAAUCCGAAGAAAGCAUUGAAUACAACCGUGGUGGGCACCAGUUCUUAUCGUUGCGAAACGAAGGCGCGAGUUGUGCUUACAACUUCUGAAGGUUUGACAAUAACCGCCUGUCCGCUUUCGCCCGAUUCAAAGGCCUACGAGUUUGUGGAAAUCUUCAGCGCUGGCUGGAAUGAGCGCCCCAUUUACUCAAUUGCGAAUCGCUCAAAGGCCAUUAGUGUUGAGUAUCUACGCCCUGAGAAUGGCGAUUUUACAUUUAAUUGGAUGGAAUUGGUUCCUAGACCAGUAUUAAGUAUUGCAGAAGACUGUCAGUACAAGUGUUCCGAGCUCGGUGCUUGCGUCAACGCGAGCGUUUGGUGCGACGGCAUUGUACACUGCCCUUCCGGCGACGAUGAGACUUUCCUACAAUGUUCGGCCAUUAUGAAACUGCCCACUGAGAUAUUGGCCACGUUGUGUCUCAUCAUUGUGCUGCUGUGCUGUGCGUUUGCCGCCUUCGCAUACAAACGUUUUGCUUUUCAUUGCAGGAAAAUCAAGCGCAAAUUUCGUGGUUCAUCCGUGCUGCAGACACGCCUCAAAUCUUUGAGUUCUAUGGAUACUGCGGUACUGGAGGAGAAGGAGGUGAUUUGCUGACAAAACGACAAUUCUGUGCGAUAUGUUGAGAUCGAUCGUGUGACCACAGUCUGACCACUUUCGAUUGCAACUUUAAAAUUCGUGCAGAAUUGUGCCCCGGAACAAUUCAAAGUGUUGCCGAAACUGGCGGAAAUACGAGUAUUCGUUUAAGUGCGAAGCUACAAACAAACCACAAAACUAAUACGAGUAUGUGUGUACGACCCGAUUCACCUGUUUUUAUGCAUUUGAAUUUUAUUCGAAAAUUUCGUAUGUAAGUUUUUACCCGUCAACUAACAGUACAUAUUACCAUAUUACACAACUCUAGCUCUCGUCUCUACGCAAUGAUCCAAUGAUCUCUGUAAUGUUUUCAAUACAAGAAAAUGCAAAAAUAUA